AUGUUCGACUCGCCACUGCUUGCGGGGUCGCACGUGUUUGCUCUGCUUAGUGUUGCGAUGGGCGGGAUUAUUCUCUGGCAACUGCUGGCAUACGUGCGCCUUCGUGUCGCUCUAACGGCUGUUAGCAAGAUACCAGGGCCUCCUGCGCAGUCAUUGUGGAGUGGUAAUCUGGCACAGUUCCUGGCUCGAGACGGCGAGGCCUUUCAGAAACAUGUUGCUCUGGACUAUGGUCCGGUUUCUACGUUGAACGGUUUUUUGGGGGAGCCAGUUGUCUAUGUGUCCGAUCCUAAGGCUCUGCACACGAUUCUCAUCAAGGAGGAGCAUGUCUUCCAGGAAUCUGGUGACUUCAUUGGGCUCAACAACACCGUGUUUGGUAGCUGCUUGCUUUCGACAGUCGGUUCGCACCACGGCAAGCAGCGCAAGCUGCUCAAUCCCGUGUUCUCGGUCAAUCACAUGCGUUACAUGCUACCUCUCUUCUACGAGAUUGGCUACAAGGCUCGAGAGGCGAUUGGGGCUCGUUUGUCAGAUGGUCCGAAGGAACUAGACAUGCUGGGAUGGCUUGCACGAAUCGCGUUGGAGCUGAUCGGCCAAGGCACUCUAGGGUACUCUUUCGACCCUCUGGUUACUGACAGACCGGAUGCGUACGGCGAAGCGUUGAAGACUCUGCUUCCGGAGCUUGACACUAUGCUUGUCCUCCGGAAGCUAUUUUCGUUUUCCGAGUCGCUUCCGAUUUGGAUGCGGCGCGCUUUCGUCAAAACCUUUCCACCCGGAACCCGCAUCCACUCCUUGGCACAGAUCGUCAGCACUUUGCAUAGCAGCGCCACACAGAUCUAUGCUGACAAAAAGCGCGGACUAGAGAAAGGCGACGCCGAGAUGGUGAAUCAGGUGGGAAAGGGAAAGGAUCUCAUCAGCAUCCUCCUACGGGCCAACGCGGCAGCGGACUUGAAAGACAGACUGCCGGAUGAAGAGGUCAUUGCGCAGAUGUCGAUGUUCAUUAUAGCUGGACUGGACACAACUUCCAACGCACUCUCACGUAUCUUGACACUGCUGGCAGAGCACCCCGAUUAUCAGCAGAAGCUCAGACAGGAACUACUGGAUGCACGCGCUGCCGAAGGCUUGCCCUACGAUGACCUGAACCGUUUACCGCUCCUCGACGCAGUGAUUCGGGAAACGCUGCGACUCCACCCUCCCGCAACGAUCCUAUUCCGAGUGGCCACACAGGAUACCGUGCUUCCCCUCUCCGAACCGAUACGCACCACCGACGGAAAGGUCAUGAACGCCAUUCCCGUUGCAAAGGGGUCACAGUAUCUCGUCGGUUUCACCGGUUGCAACAUGAGCAAGGCAAUGUGGGGGGAAGAUGUGCUUGAAUGGAAACCGGAGCGCUGGCUGUCGCCCCUCCCCGCGACGGUCACCGAGUCACGCAUACCGGGAGUCUACUCAAACUUGAUGACGUUCUCGGGAGGCAAACGUGCCUGCAUCGGCUUCAAAUUCUCGGAGAUGGAAAUGAAGGUUGUGCUGUCUGUGAUGCUGCCAAGCUUCACCUUCCAGCUGAGCGACAAGCCCAUUGUGUGGAAUGUCGGCGGUGUUUGGUACCCCACGGUCGGCAGAGAGAGCAACAAACCCGAGUUGCCGCUCAAAGUGGGCUUGUAUCAACGUCCAGCGGCAAACCGAGCAUCAUGA